AUGAACCCUCUCUUCAUCCUCGCCCUGGUGGGCGCUGCAGUUGCAUUCCCCGCAAAAGACGAUGAUGACAAGAUCGUCGGGGGCUACACCUGCGAGAAGAACUCCGUGCCCUACCAGGUGUCCCUGAACUCCGGCUACCACUUCUGCGGCGGCUCCCUCAUCAAUGACCAGUGGGUGGUGUCCGCAGCUCACUGCUACAAGUCCCGAAUUCAGGUGCGGCUGGGCGAGCACAACAUCGACGUCCUUGAGGGAGAUGAGCAGUUCAUCAACUCCGCCAAGGUCAUCCGUCACCCCGGCUACAGCAGCUGGACCCUGGACAAUGACAUCAUGCUGAUUAAGCUCAACUCUAGAGCUGCCAUCAACACUCGAGUGUCCACUGUGGCCCUGCCCUCUGCCUGCGCCCCUGCUGGCACCCAGUGCCUCAUCUCCGGCUGGGGCAACACGCUCAGCUCUGGUGUCAACUACCCUGAGCUGCUGCAGUGCCUGGUCGCGCCCCUGCUGAGCCAUGAAGAGUGUGAGGCCUCCUACCCCGGAGAGAUCACAGACAACAUGGUCUGCGCUGGCUUCCUGGAGGGCGGCAAGGACUCCUGCCAGGGUGACUCUGGUGGCCCCGUGGUCUGCAAUGGAGAGCUGCAGGGCAUUGUGUCCUGGGGCUACGGCUGUGCCCAGAAGAACAGGCCUGGUGUCUACACCAAGGUCUGCAACUUCGUGGACUGGAUCCAGGACACCAUGGCCGCCAACUGA